AUGGCAGAGCCAUCGAAGCCCGAUCAAGCGAAGGCGGCUGAGCCAGCCUCCAAAGACUUGCCGCCAGGACCCAGCUUUUCGGACCUUGUCAAGAACCAGACGAAAUCACCACUAUCACUCAGCGAGUUCAUGGACUACCUCAUCUACAUUGAACACAACGCAGAGAACCUGCAAUUCUUCCUGUGGUAUUCAGACUAUGUUCAAAGAUGGAGCAGGCUCUCCAGGAGACAAAAGUCCGCAUCACCCCCGUGGUCUACAGAAUGCGAGGAAAAUGCGGAGCGUUUUCGCUCUUGUCCUUUGGCUGCGCACAAGAGAGCAAACAGUGAAAAGAUGGCCAAUAUACUGGCCAUUCUCGACAGGAUAGCGGAAAAAGAAGAAGGUGGUCCCAUUUCUCACGAGAGUUUCUCGAAGACAGACUUCUUCGGGCAUGGCGAGAACAAAGAGUGUGUUACAUCAGCUCCGCUCUCUGACUGGCUUUUGCUGGCAGUCUGGGAUGUUAAUGAAUUCAAAGGCGCAAGACAACCGUUCAGGGAUGAGCUUGUUAGGAUUGCGAGAACCUAUAUUGACAAAGGCGCGCCACGGGAGCUAAAACUAUCCGAAGCGGAUCGGACUUCAAUACUUGAAGGCUUGCAAUACACAACACACCCCACUGUCCUCCUGCCGGCGCUCACCAUGUCUAGCAACAUUCUCAGGGAGUUUUCCCACCCGAGCUUCAUAAAAUGGAGUCUGUACAGAAACGCAAACAAGCCUCGGAUCAACUUCACGCUUUCUAUGGCUGCAGUCCUCAUUGUUUUGGGCCUGGGUGUGGACGUCAUACUCGUGGUUUCGGGUCUUCCAACGUCCCUUCGUGCCCUCGGGAUACUACUGCUGUGGCCUGGCAUCACCUGGCUUGCGGCAGCGGCAAAGGGCCUGUGCCUCGAACUGCAUUUCCAAAGGCUACGGCAGCAGCGUCCUUGGGAAGCGCAGCAACUCGAGCAAGAUGAUGAGCUGGAAAAAGGCGAUUCGCAAGCUUCACCUGUUGACAGGCACGACACCACGGGAAAAGCGACCUCGUCGCCAUUAAACCCUGGAUCCCGGAGUUACCAAAAUUCUUGGUACGGAUGGCCAGCCAAAAACGACCGUUUCAAGGCCGGCGACACUGGCUUAGACCGCCGGCCCAGCGUCACAGUGAGCAUCAGCGCCAGCGUGACGCACAGCGCGCGGGCGGACUACAACGUGGGCAGCCCGGCCUCCCUCGUUGGCUUCAGCACGGUCAUCACGGGUGGUCACGACAAGAGCGGAGGCAACGCGCGGACCGUCAGCGGCGUCGGUCCCCUGUGGGAACAGAGGAUGCAGCCCCUGGGCCCCAGAAACGACUACUCGCGCGAGGCGUGGUUCAGGGACGAGGGCCGCGGGCCUUCGCUGCUACGGAGGGUCUUUGCUACGACCGUGGCGACCCGCAACAGGGAUCUGCAUCUCAUGCAGGACCGUUUGGUCCUGCGAGCCGUCGUGCUGGGUGGCCUUGUCUCUGCUCUCAUCACGUGCGGCUUCUUGUUUCUGCCUGGUAGGAAUAUCCUCUCUCCGGGGUAG